AUGUCAAACACCAGAGACUCCAGAUCUCUAUCUCCUCACAUAGCUCUCAUUCCAAGCGCCGGAAUGGGCCACUUGCUUCCCUUUCUCCGAAUCACUUCCAUGCUUCUAUCUCGCAAUUGCACCGUCACAUUGAUCACCGCUGAAUCGACUGUUUCCGCCGUAGAAUCCUCCUACAUCUCCUCCUUUCUUUCUCAACAUCCACAAGUCAAACAUGUUGACAUCCAACCUAUUCAACUCCACUCAAAUCCCACGUCAAAUGACCCUCUCUUUCUCCAAUUUGAGUCCAUAAGCCGUUCUUUUCAACUUCUCUCUCCUGCACUAUCCUCAUCCUCGCCACCUCUCUCCGCUAUCUUCACACACUUGUCUAUGGCUUCGAUCAUAACACCAAUAGCUGCGGAGCUUGGCGUACCAAGCUACCUUGUUUCCAGCACCUCUACUAAAUUCCUUUGCCUAAUGGCAUACCAUCCUGUACUUAUAGCCGAUCCUGAUAAACUUGGAAACAGUUCAACUGAGCUAACUAUCCCGGGGUUGACCCCUUUUCCAAUAUCAAGCAUUCCUUCACCAUUCAAGAAUCCAGAUAACAUCUUCACUAGAUCAAUUUUAGUUCCAAAUGCUAGAGCACUCUCAAAAGCCAAAGGAAUCAUAGUGAAUUCCUUUGAUUGUUUUGAACCAGAAACUCUUGAAGCAAUCAACAAUGGAAGAGUUUUGGAGCAUUCUCUUCCACCAGUCCUCCCAAUAGGGCCAUUGGAAUCAUAUGAAAUUAAGAAGGAGAAGAGUCAUUACAUGACAUGGCUAGACAACCAACCUGAGGAGUCUGUGGUUUAUGUGAAUUUUGGGGGCAGAACAACCAUGUCAAACCACCAAAUAAGAGAACUGUCAAAGGGGUUGGAGAGAAGUGGAUAUCGAUUUCUUUUGGUGCUUAAAUGUAGCGAAGUCGAUGAAGAGGACAAAGAUGACCUGAAAGAUUUGGUAGGGGAUUCUUUCUUGGAAAGAACAAGGAACAAGGGAAUGGUAGUGAAGGGAUGGGUUAGUCAACAGGAGAUUCUGGAACAUCCUUCCAUUGGUGCUUUUGUAAACCAUUGCGGGUGGAACUCGGUUAUGGAAGCAGCUCGGCGGGGGAUUCCCAUGGUGGCUUGGCCACAAAUUGGGGAUCAAAGGGUGAAUGCAGAGAUUGUGAAGAAUGCAGGGUUGGGAAUAUGGGAAAGUAAGUGGGGUUUGGGUCUCCAAGCUGAGUUGGUGUGUGGGGAAGAGAUUGAGAAAAAGAUUAAGGAAGUAAUGGAAAAUGAGAAGCUGAGGGAAAUGGCUAAGAAAGUAGGGGACGAGGCUAGGAAGUAUACUAAUAUUGGUGGGAGAUCUGAGAAGGUGCUCAAGGAACUAGUGGAAUUCUUACAGAAGUAG